UCACAGCAGAGAGAGAGAAAGAAGAGGGAGAGAGAAGAGAGAGAGACCAUGGCUUCCGCCGUCGCUUGCAAGGGUGCCACGCCGGCCAGCUUCCUCAAGUCCGGCGCUCCCGUGGCCUUCUGCCUCCCCAACACCACCGCCGUCACCGCCGACCACCGCCUGUACAACACCCUGGUCAAGGAGGCCAUCCGCUACGACGACGACGACGACUACAGCGGCCGCCACCUCGUCCUCCCCAGCUUCUUCUCGCAGGACGUGCUCGACCCGCUCGGCGCGCCUCAGACCGGCCUGUCCUCCACUGCUGGGGCGUCGCGGCUCGGACGCUGGGUGACCAAGGAGGACGACGGCGCGGUGUACCUCAAGGUGCCGAUGCCGGGGCUGACCAAGGACCACGUCCAGGUGUGCGCGGACAAGAACAUCCUGGUGAUCAAGGGCGAGGGCCAGAAGCAGCCCUGGGACGGCGACGACGACUCCGCGGUGCCGAGGUACAACCGCCGCAUCGAGUUGCCCGCCGACGCCUACAAGAUGGACAAGAUCAAGGCCGAGAUGAAGAACGGCGUGCUCUGGGUCACCCUGCUCAAGCUGAAGGAGGAGGAGCGCAAGGACGUCUUCCACGUCAAGGUCGAGUAA